AUGAGGACCCGCCCAUUGGAUGCCGUGCACUCAUCUCCUAAGACCUCCAAGGAGUUGAUUGAGAAUGGCUUUGCCAUAAAUGUAGAGAGUAGUCUUGUCCGCUGCUUCGCAGAUAGCGAGUAUGAAGCCGCCGGCGCCACCAUGGUCCCUACGUACUCCUGGCCAAAUGCACCCUUGGACCACAUCAUCAUCGGCACUAAAGAGGUCCAGAUAGACAGAUUUCCACUUCAACAUCUUCACGUCUAUGCAGGCCAUUUUUACAAAGAACAAACAGGCUCGUAUGAGAAACUUUUCUACAAUACGCCCAAGGCGGUGCAUGCCAGCGGCCUGGAUUCCAUGAUGUACGAGUACCACUCCAGCCUACUUGGGACAGCUCUCGCCAUCAAAACCUGGGCGCAUCAACUAUUGCACAAGGAUGUCUCCACGAUGCCUCCCAUGCCCGUGUACAGCAACUCGGAGAUGGUCGUUCAAGAAGCGCAAGAAUACCUCCGCAGGGGUGUCGAAUUCGCCGGGCGUCUCCCUCGCACUACCGUCGUCGGUGCCCAGGUUCGUUGCGGAUCCAGUGCUGUACAUGCCUGCCAUCAGUUGGGAAUUCCAGAUUCCCAAAUUGUCCGGUGGACUCAGGCCGAUACAGCCAGACCAGGACCCUACAAGGAGAUCCUGGAGAGUGACAUUCUCCUCAACUGCAUCUUUCUUAGCGAGCCAAUCCCGCCACUCGUGGACUUCGAAGCACUGAGGCUGCCCCGGAAUCUAUCCGUAGUUUGUGAUAUUAGCUGCAACAGCCAUGCCCCCUACAACCCCAUUCCCAUAUGUUCUGGGGACUGUACGUUCGAAAAGCCGGUGCUCUCCAUCCCUGUCCAGUCCGGACCGCCGUUUGAGUCUUGCGAGGAUGCGGCCCAAGUGGCUCUGCCAUCGAUCAAGCAGCUAGGAUCGUGGGAUGAUUCCCCAGUGUGGAAACAGCUUGAGGAACUAGUUUAUGAGAAGCUGCAGACAAUUUCGGAAACGAAAGUAGCUCCACGGGCGAUGCUGUAA